GUAAGUAGUUACACCAUGGAGUGGCUCUACUCCACAAGGGGGUUUGUGAUGCUAGCCCCCGACCUGACCCCCAACAUGGGCCUGUUCUGGUACUUUUUCACGGAGAUGUUCGAACAUUUCCGAAUCUUCUUCCUCUGCGUGUUCCAGCUCAACGCAGUCUUCUAUGUCAUUCCUCUCGCCAUCAAACUCAGGGACCACCCCAUGUUCCACCUGCACCUGUUAGUGGGCCUGACUGCAGUGUUUAAGUCGUACCCGACGUUCGGAGAUGCAGCUCUGUUCCUGUCCCUGCUGCCGGUGUGGGGACACUGCUUCAAGUACAUGAGAAACCUGUUCCUAGUGGUGUGCAUGUGGCUGUACAGCAUCGUGCUGGCUCCCGUCCUCUGGCAUCUCUGGAUCUACUACGGCAGCGCAAACGCUAACUUCUUCUACGCAGUCACGCUGGCGUACGCAACAGCACAGAUUUUCCUGCUGACAGACCUCCUGUAUGCCUUCUUAAGACGAGAGUUCCACCUGCGACACGGGCCGGCCCCCAAGGAGGGCCAGGGGAUGCCCAUCCUCAUGAACCUCAAGUGACGUCUCAGCCUACAUCAUUUCCAUUUCAACACUGUCCAGUUGUGUGCUUUGUCUUCUGUACAUAAACGUUUCUCAUCAAACUGUGGGUGCAAUCUUACAGGGGUAUCCCAUUGGUCUGCUGACUGCUGUACAUUGGCGGCCUUUCUGUGUUCUAAAUAGAAUUUGUGUUAAACUUGACAGACAAGAGAU